CAGACCGCGCGCGCUUUCUCGCUGCUCUCUUCUUCGCGCAGCUCCAACUCCAGCUGUUUGUCUAUCUACCUUCAGUCCGAGUGCGAGCGACGUUCCCACCCCGGAAAAAAAACACGGGGCGAUAAACGAGGAGGGACGCUGAAGGACGGGGAGAGGAGGACGGACAGGAGAUGAGAAGAUCAGCCAAAGAGGAGAGCCGCUGUCGCAGAGGAACAGGAGGAGGAGGAGAGAGGGAAGCAGACACAUCUGCGGUGACUUGGGGGAUUCGGCUUACUGAGAGGGGGGGAUACGCAACAUUCUUAUGAAGCCAGCAUUUCUAGCCCGGGUAAGCGGAAUAAAUAAUGUGCCGUGGGACUGCCAUAUUGUCAAUUUCUUUGCAUCUUAGUUAUUUUUAAAAAGCGCCUGCUUUAUAAAUAGACGCUUAAAAUCCGGAUGCUAGGAAGAUUUUUGUAAUUCUCUGUAGAUAUCCACCAUAGGGAGCUUUUAUCACCUUUGGGAGCAAAGUGGAUUGACUGAAGGGGGAGAGGAGGAUUGUUUUUAAAAGGAGAUACCUCCACCUUCUCCUUCUUACAUAAAUGUUUGCGUGCCAUUAGAGCGCUCCUGCUUUUCUCCACAACAGACGCGCAUUUCACGCACACUGCCAGACGUGGACAUUAUCAGUCACACAUGCGGUCCUAAUAACACGGACGGACUUCACCCCCUCUCACCCACCCAGCCUCUCUCCUCACCCCACUGUCUGAUGACUCCCCCGCGCACAGGUGGACGUGGUACGGAGCCUACUGUAGCAUCAUCUUCUUCAACACCACCAUCAUCACCAUCACCAACACCACCAUCCUCCUCCUCCUCAACACCACCAUGUCCUCGUCGUCGCGCAAGAUUUCAUCCGAGUCAUUUAGCAGCUCAGUGGGCUCAGACUGCGGGCUUGAAAGCCCCGGAGGAGACGGAGGGGAUGGCGCUUUGGAGCCGGCCGACGAGAGCCGAGGUUGCCCGUUUUCCUCUUUCCCAUCGUCCCACAGAGCGCUGCUCUGGAACGGCCGCAGCCCCGCUGAAAGGUCGGCGUGCCCGGCGGGCGAGGAGCAGCAGGGACCCUGUGUACCCCACAAGAGGGCUACCAGGCGGCGGAGGGUGAACCUGGACUCGCUGGGGGAGAGCCUAAAACGACUCACUUCACCGACGACACAGACUGUUCAGGAGGCUCUUCAACGAACUCUGCAGUUCUACAAACAACAAGAAAUCAGGUGCCAGGAUGUUGGAGGUAGUGAAAGGCAGCGUGAAAAGAAAGAGGAGAAGUGCCCAUUUCUUGAAAACUCUGGCUCAGAGGAAGAUGUCCUACAGAUUCUGCAGUACAUGGCCACAAUAUUGGGAGUUCCGUUCUGCGAACUGCGAGAGCAUUUUGGCGAGGAGUUCUUUGGCCUUUGCUUCGAAGAGAAUGAGCGAGUACUGCGGGCCGUAGGCGGCAACCUUCAGGAUUUCUUCAAUGGUUUUGACGCCAUUUUAGAACACAUUCGCACCUCCACGGGGCGCCGAGCCUCCUCCGAGAGCCCUUCCUUUCAGUGCAAGGAUCCCCGCGAAGAGGAGAAAGGUAGAGGGAAAUUGGAGAAACUUGGAAACCGUGGCAGCAGAGACGGAAGAGGAAAAGUGUUGUUUCUUCAUUGCUUUAACCCUGCACCUGUUGUGGGAUUAGUUAUGCCAGGUUUGAUUAGAGCUGUCGCCAGGCGGAUCUUUCAUUCAGAGGUUGAAGUGGAAGAGGUGCCACCUCUAACUCCUCUGUUGCCAAAUGAAGAUACACAACAUACAGAUUGUGAUUCUACAACACCCACUCCCACUGCGUCCCCCACUGCCUCGCCCUCCUCAUCUCCGUCUCCUCCAUCUCUUUUUCCAACCUCCGUCCCCACAGUUUGUCUAUCCUUCUUACUCCAAGAGACUUGCCCUUCUCCUCUCUCUUCCAUCCCAAAUUCAGCAUCUGUGAGCACUAACCGUCCCCCACUCCAGCUAUCAACUAACCCCAGUGACCUUCGCAUCUCCCUGGCUACGUUUUGCCGUGCCUUCCCGUUUCACCUGGUCCUGGGGCAUCGGAUGGAACUCCUGCAGCUUGGAGAAGGGCUUAGGAAACAGGCUCGUAUUGAGCCUCACCGGAUCCUUUCAUUUAGGGACUGUUUUGAGAUUGUCUCACCCAAGAUGGAUCCCUCCUUCCAGGGCAUACUGCUGAGACUCGCAUCCCCAUUUACUAUCCGCACUAAACCCGACCCCAUGCAGGCUGGCACCAAGGAGAAGGUUAUGGAGUUAAAAGGUCAGAUGAUCCAUGUCCCUGAGUCCUGCUCCUUGAUGUUUCUGGGCUCGCCGCGUGUUGAUAAGCUAGAGGAGCUGAUGGGCAGAGGUCUCCAUCUGUCAGACAUCCCCAUCCAUGAUGCCACACGAGACGUUAUCCUGGUAGGGGAGCAAGCCAAGGCCCAGGACGGCCUAAAGAAGAGAAUGGACAAACUAAAGGCCACCUUAGAGAGGACACACCAGGCUCUGGAGGAAGAAAAACGGAGGACCGUGGAUCUCCUGUAUUCCAUAUUUCCUGGUGAUGUGGCGCAGAAGCUGUGGCAGGGCCACCCUGUACCAGCGCGUAAAUUCGAUGAUGUCACCAUGCUGUUCUCGGACAUCGUGGGUUUUACAGCUGUGUGUGCCCACUGCACACCUAUGCAGGUUAUCUCAAUGUUGAACGAGCUUUACACGCGCUUCGACUACCAGUGUGGCAUUCUGGAUGUUUACAAGAUUGAGACAAUAGGUGAUGCCUACUGUGUGGCCGGUGGACUUCAUAAGAAGGUUGAAAGCCAUGCAAAACCAAUUGCACUCAUGGCUCUAAAAAUGAUAGAGCUUUCUGAGGAGGUACUAACGCCUGAUGGGAAGCCUAUCAAGUUAAGAAUAGGUAUCCACACAGGUUCGGUUCUGGCAGGUGUGGUUGGGGUUAAAAUGCCGCGAUAUUGCCUGUUUGGGAACAACGUCACUCUAGCCAGCAAGUUUGAAUCAGGAAGCCAUCCAAGGUGCAUCAAUGUUAGUCCAACAACCUACCAGUUGUUGAAAGAUGACCGCUCCUUUUCGUUCAUCCCCCGUUCUCGGCUGGAGCUCCCAGAGAAUUUUCCCAAAGAGAUCCCAGGGACGUGUUACUUCCUGGAGGCAGGGACUUCGCACAGCCACGCCUCACUUACCAGCUCUCGCUCGGCUCCUCCGGCCUCUAUGAGGAAGGUCUCCUACAGCAUUGGGACAAUGUUUCUAAGAGAAACCAGUUUGUAGAAUCAUACACAGAUGUUUCAAAUGUAAGCAACUGGAUUUGAAUCACAGGAACAUACAGGAAACCAGUCAUACAGAUCUGUGGUUAUGCAAAUGCACUAUGUAAAAAGUGGAAUUUACACCUGAUUGGUGAAAUACGCUUUCAUCAUAGAUGAAAGAGAACAACUGACCCCAUCUCUUCCCUGAGCAGUGGAGAUAUUCUUCAAAUGACUUAAGGGACAGCCGCUGCAGUAGUCCUUUAUCUAUCCUCCAAGAGGAGGACUGAUAUAAUCAAAUUGUGGAAAAACCUUUGGACAAAAACUCUGUUCGUGCUGGACGUCUCGGCUGCAGAUCUGGUGUCUGGCUCUUUGCAGCGGUUCACAUUCAGACAACACCCAGACCCUUGUCCGCAUUAAACAGAACUGAGUUAAACUCACAGCGAUCACACUCAUGACCACUGUUGCCCUCAUUAGCCAUUUGCAAACAGAACAAAACCCCUUGUCAUUCAUAAGGUGGGUGCUGAAGAAUGAAUUUUGUAUGACUUGCUGUCCAUCAUGCCCUCAUGUGCGACAAAGACCUGUAAUGGAAAACGAUACAACUCUCCAUUUCCUUCAUGUUCGUCUGUCUGUAAGUCAUGUUAUGCUUUACUAAACGUAAGAGCUGCUCCUCCAAACUGUUGACAGGCGGCCAGCUGGCUGGGAUUUGUCAAGGAAACAACAAGAGGAUUUGCUUUGAAAAGGUAAACGUUGGAAGACAAAUGCAAACUAGAGUCAUAUUAAUCCAAACUUAUAGCCCUGAUUGUUUUGCAUCCUCAGCAAACUAUAGCAGACAAUGUUGUAAUAAUGGAGAUAAACCGAAUGCUAAUAACAGAAAUGUAGAUGUUCUACUCUUUGAUUUUGUUUUUGUUUUUUUACCUGUGAUUAUUUGUUUUAGUGUAUUACAUGCUUUAGCCUCUUUUAAUAAGAUCAGUUGUUGUCAGCAUUUACCAGCUUGUGCUUACUGGCAUUCAACUAAUCAGCAUUUUUACCUACAUGUAGCAUUGUCCGAAAAGCGUUGCUUUUAGGAUGGACCUGCCCAGAUUGGUCUGCAUCUUGCUUAGUUGACAUCAAUGCUAGCAGGUAUUUGUGUGCAGGUAUGUCCCUUUUCAUGUCUGCAGGAAUAACUGAUUGUUGUGUGUUUUAGUUUGUAGAACUGACAGGAGGAAUCAGACACAGUUCACAGUUCCUCAGUCCAGAUAUGAAAAAAUGUUGAAUCAAAGGUUUUACUGAACAUACAGCCAAUUUACAGGUGUACUUUUUUCUAACUGCAGUGUCUAUAAAAACUAAUGAAAAAAAAUCCUGCAUUUGUUUUGCCCUGUGAAAAUUGAACCAAGAUACAGAAGCCUAAAGUGAUUCAUGCCCCUCACAGAUUUAGACUUUUAAUUUUCAUGACCUCCAAGUCUUUCAAGUUGAAAUGUCACCUUGCCAUCGUUCUAGUCAUUAGCUCCUUUCAAUGAUUUAUUCUUAUUUUUUUCAUCAGAUUCAACUCUGCACAAUAGUAAGACCACAGCAAAAUGUUAACACUACUGUGAGUCAGGAAAAGAAGUUGCUAGUAAUUCAAAGAUUACUUUGCACUUAAAUCUGCAGAGCUAUGAAUACAUUUUGGGAAUAACUGUGAAUAAAAUUCAAGUCGACUUGUUUGCUGGCAAACUGAGUUCAACUUGCUGAGUGAAUAACUCGGGCUGUGCUACACAAAUCCAAACAUAAUUAACAAUUGGCCAUCAUAAAGUGGAAAUAUUGGUUUUGGAUAGUUUGGCUUUAAAGUGUUUUACUGGAGACUUUACAGAUUUGUGUUGUAUUCUAAAUUAACAUUUAUUUAAUUGCUAUUUUUCAUGACUUGUGAAAUUCAUCCCAAGGUGUUACAAAUUGAAAAGUUGGUUGAAGUGGAAGAGUUUUUUAUUGUAAUACAGUAAUACUUACUGAAACAUUCCCAUCACAGCUGUUUUUAAUACACUACUUACUCAUAACAAGUUCAGAAAUGACAGUGGUCACAUAGAUUUAAUUAAGGCAUCCCUGUGUGCUUACUUACUUUGUAGUUUAAAAUAAACUUUGAGUUUUUUUCUCUGAAAGUCAUUUCUAUAACCAUAAUCCUUCAUACAUGCUUCGAAAGAGAAAUAAACUUGCAAAAUGAUGUAGCAGGACUUAAAAUAACAAACUGAAUGUGCCAGUUUGUUUCAAAGAUGCCACCAGCACAGGUUAGACAUGAUUUCUAAGUAACAGUGUGGUUUCUGUGUGUCAUUCUGGAAGAUGGUUAGCUAAUUGUUGGAGCCUGAAACACAUGCCAUAUGAAAAAUCACUUACUGUAUGUUGGAUGCAAAUAAAUACCAAUAUUAAUAUGCUCCUUUUUCACAAGUAAUGUAAAGAAAAGUGACACCAGCUUAAAAAUGCUAUAUUUUUUACUGGAAGAGAAGAAAUAAUGAAUAACAAAACUGUCUGCUUUUAACAUACCUGAGCGGUGAAUUACGUCAUUGUCAGUGAUACAUACAUAGCGUCAUAAAUAAAUAAAUAAGAACAGAUUUAUUAAAGAGAAGGUAAAAAAAUAUAUAUAUACUAUUAAUAAAACUAAACAGAGUACAGAGCAAGUGAGAGUAGAUUUAAAAAAUAUAGACUUGUUCAUGUUUUCUAGUGUGAGAUUUACUUUUCAGUUUUGGGUCAGAGUCAUAGCAACUCAUCAGUGGUUUAUCCGCAGCGGUCGGCUUAUUGUAUUCUAAUUCUUUUUCAUCAGAUGAGUUUGAAAAUACAGAUGUUAUCCAGGGAUCAACACAUUAACACAGCUUUGCUUUAAGGAGGAUUUGGACUUUGAAGGGACAUUGUUGUGAGUAAAUGUGAUCAUGCAGCCAUUUUUUGUAAAACAUGGUGAAAUGGGGAAUUGUUAGCUUUAAAACUAAAGACUUUCCAUGGGUUACAUUUAGAGCUGAAAACAUAUAUUUUCAUAUACUGUAUAAAAAUAUACAAUAUUUCUUUCUUCACUGUCUGGCGCAAAAUCAGACUAAACUUUUCCUGUAUUGCAUCAGUUACUGUUAUUAAAAUUACUACUAUUUAAUAAAUGCAAGAAUAGUGGGAGAAAGAAGUAAAUUUAACUUUUUAUGAAAGUUGGCAUAAACUAAAAUUGUUUCCAAAUUAAACAACUUGGAAAUCAUUGAUGAUAAUGGCAUGGCUUUCUGACAGAUAAUUUCAUAAACCUUUUCAUUAAAUGAAGGCCGCCUGUCGAUGUAUUUAUGGCUGCAACUCAAAAACACUGCUACCUUGGGCGACAUAACGCGAAAAAUUGAAAGAAAUUGUCCGAGGGAUGGGGAAGAGAAUAACGGGGGAUGGCAGCAUCAUGUUUUUUCACAAAAUAGAUGACAUCAUGAUGUGUGAAUAUUAAAUCAAUGACUUUAUCUAAGUCAUUGAUUUAACCUCUUGCUAACAGAGCCUCUUUUUGGAGAGUUUUUGCGGCGUUCUCGAAAAUGACACCCCCAAAAUGAAUUCCAUAUGUCUCAGGAACUACAAGGCAUCAAAAUAAAGGUAAUAUUCCAGAGAAUACCCUACGUCUAAAAAUCAACAUAUGUAUUAUGGCACAUAGUGAAAAAAUAAAAAUAAUAAAUUCUAAUAAAAUGCAUUACGUAAUGUGGAUUUUCCUUUGCUGCGGAGCAAAUGGGUCUUCUGAAUAGACAAUGGCUCUACUCACAGAGCCAAAUUAAUUACUAAGUGGGUUGAGGACUAUCACAAACUCCUGAUCUCAGUCCCAUAAAACAUUCGUGGUGCAUUAGUGUCCAAGCAACUUGUUCUACAAAUCUGCCUGAGUUACACCAGUUCUGUCAGGAAAAAUGGGACAAAUUAAUCUGAGAAGCUUAUGAAAGGAGACCCAAAACCUUUUGAUCUUUUAUGGAAAGAUAUGUUAACUUGAGUUUGAGGAAAGCUGAAAUAAAAACUCUAAAAAUCUCUCCUAUCAUUCUGGUAGGUUAGUAAAUAGAGAUAAUUUUAGUAUUUUUAAAAUAUCUAAAAUAUAUAUAUUAUAUUUUUGAUUGAUUCUUUUCUCUCUACAGUAACUCUAAGACAUAUCAUCUAUCAUUCCUGUAUGUGCCAAAUGAUAAAGAACUACUGGUUUAAGUUUAUAUUUGUCUACAUGAGCAGUCUUUGAACUAUAUGAAGCAGAAAAUACAUCUUGCUUUAAAUAAAUGCUACAGUAUUUAAAAAUAGUUUCAUACCAAUUGUGUUAUCCAAACUUACUGUACAAAAUCUUCACAUAUCUAUUUUUAAAUUGCUUUGUAUUAUGAAGUUACACUUAAGAAAGUGACAUAUUGGAGGAAAAAGUGAGCAUGGAUGGAAAAAAAAUAGUAAUCUAGACAUUAGUAAUGCCAGUAUUUGCAAAAAGAAAAUUAGCUCAAAACUAGUGCCACUGUUCAAUGAGAAAAUCAAAUCUUAAGCAGCGAGUAUUUGUGUCUAGUGUGCAUUCAUUUUUCUUAGACAAGUUGCUGCUCAGCAUCAGAGCUGGUAGAUUGUUUUGUGUGAAGACAUUAGUCAAACUGAAGGAAAGUGAAAUGUUAUUAACAUGCUUCUGUUUGAUGGUGGCAAAGCAUAAAGCUGCUUUUGAACAACAAUCCACGCUCAAGGUAAUAACAGAGAAGCAGCACCUGCAGAACCCACAUGAAGCAAUAAUAAUAAGUAUGCAGGGAGACAAGUCAGUUUUCAGAUAAAUAAGUGUGAAAUCUUAUAUAAGCAGUCCUAUGUACAUAUGUUAACAUAUUAUGAGUUGAUAUUGCAUACAUGCAGUAUUAUAUAACAAAUACAACUCUUGUAGCCUGUAUGUACUAAAGGUGUUGUUUUCACGGAGCUUCAGAGCUUAAGCUCUGUUUCUGGGCUAAAUAAAGCGGAUUACGCUAGCGUCACACCCACACAACUUGUGUCCAAUUCUCCACUUUCUUGCAGAG